AUGUCUGGCGAAAACGUAUAUUUUGAUAUCUCAAUCGAUGGUAGUCCAAGUGGUCGUAUUACAUUCAAAUUAUAUGAUGAUGUGGUACCAAAGACAACAGCCAAUUUUCGAGCAUUGUGCACUGGUGAAAAAGGUUUCGGAUAUCAAGGAAGUGGAUUUCAUCGUGUAAUUCCACAAUUUAUGCUUCAAGGUGGUGAUUUUACCAAAGGUAAUGGAACUGGUGGUAAAAGUAUCUAUGGUGAAAAGUUUGCUGAUGAAAACUUCAAACUCAAACACACAAAACCUGGUCUUUUAUCAAUGGCUAAUGCUGGUCCUAAUACUAAUGGCUCGCAAUUUUUUAUUACAACUGUUGUAACAUCAUGGCUCGAUGGCAAACAUGUCGUCUUCGGUGAGGUCGUUGAUGGUAUGGAUCUUGUCAAAAAGAUUGAAAGCUACGGUGCACAAUCGGGUACUCCAAAAGCCAAGAUUGUUAUUAGCAAAUGUGGUACUGUUUAA